AUGGAAAAUUAUGAAUCACCCUCAGAAAUUUUAAAAAAAAAAGAAAAGGAAAAAGCUCAAGAAAGUAAAGAAGGAAAUGAAAAAAAAGAGAAGCUAAAAUUUAUUGAUAUCUUUAACGAAAAUGAUGAUAUAGAUAAGAAUGAAGUAGAGAUUAUUAAUUUCUUAAAAAAAAAAAAAGUAAUACAUAAAAGAAAAGGAAAGAAUAAUGAUCCAAACCCAUAUAUUGAAGAUACUUAUAAUAUAGACAUGACCGAUAUAGUGAGUUCGAAUUUUGCUACGUCGAAUUCGUAUAUUGAAAAGAAUGACGUCCAUUCGAAAGAGAACAAAUAUAAUCGAAACAGAACAAUAUAUAAUGAUUCUGUGUAUGAUAAUUAUAAUGCUACAUACUUAAUCAAUGAGAUAUAUAGAUUAAAGGCAGAAGUAGAAGAGUCUUUACAAAAAGAAUAUAAAACAAAUGAGCAGAAAAAAGUGGUUGAAGAGAAGAAUAACCUUCUUAGUAUAAGUAUUGAUGAUAUGAAAAAAGAAAUUGAAAAAUUAAAGAAUAUUUAUGAUGAGGAAAUUGUUAAAGUAAAAGAGUCUUAUGAUAGGCGUAUUGACAUUCUCACGAACGAAAUACAUGAAAAAGAACAUUUUUACAAAAAAAAAAUAGAAGCAUUUGAAAAGGAGUCCUCCACGCAACUGUACGAGUGCGAAGCCAAAUACCUCAGUGAAAAGAAAAAAAAUGAAGAGAAGGAUGCAUUGAUGGAAAGAGUCCAAGCGGAAAAGGAAAAUAUGGCGGCAGAUAUGGAAAAAAUGGCAGCGGAUAUGAAUAAAACGAAAGAGGAGAUGGGAAAAAUAGAGGAAGAAUUAGGCAGAAUGACUAAGGACAGGGAACAAAUUACCAAGAAGAUGGAAAACAUAACUAAACAGUUUAAUACCCAGCUGGAGGAUAUGCAAAACAAAGUAGACGAAGCAAACUCUAUGGAGAAAAAUUUUUCAAAUAUGCUAAGUGGUGAACGGGAAAAAAGUGAGCAGCAAAAAUUGACCAUAGAGAAAUACGAAAAAGAAAUACAAAAUUUUAAAAGUAUCAUUGAUGAAAAAAACGAAAGCAUUAAAAAUAUGGUUAAGGAUAUAUUAUUGAUAAAAAAUGUGUACGAAGAAUUAGUGAAGGAAAAACAACUGAAUGAAGUGAGUAAAAAGAAACUAGUAAAAAGAAUUGAGGAAUAUGAAAAAGAUUUGUUAUAUCUGAAAAAUAAUAUAGAAGGGUAUAGAGUAAAUAACGACAAGUUGAGAAAACAUAAUGAAUUGUUAAAUGAAUAUAUUAGGAAAAAGGAAAAAGAAAUUACUACUCUUUUUAAUGAAAACAAAUAUUUGAAAAAAGAAAAUUUUGUAUUUAAUAAAAAUUUUCUUAGUAUAAAAAGAGGAAAAAGCAACCAACUGGGAAAAUAUUCUUCCGAUUCUACAAAUAUUGAUCAAAAGGGGAAGAUUUCUACUUGUACUACUAGUGAAGAGGAGGAUAUCAUAGGAAUAGAAGAAAUACAUACAAAGAGAAGGGUAAAUGCUUCACUUGGUAAGGAUGUAGCACAAAUAGAUGAUGUACUAUCUCAUGAUGCAUUAACGAUGAAAUGCACCAAUUGGUGCACGAAUGAUCCCGAAAAGGAAGAAAACGGAAGGAAAAAAUCAAUCGAAAAUGAGAAAUAUACAAAGGGGGCGAAAAAAAAAAAAAAAAAAAAUGGAGCAGGAAAGAAGGAAGAUGUAUUAGGUAAAAAUAAAGAAGCAUUAAUAAAAAAGAAUAAUAUACAGUCAAAAAAAAAAAAAGAGAACAACAAUGCUAUCGUUUUAGGAGAGACAGGUAUUUUAUGUCCUAAAAAAUACACCUUCAAUAUAUGUGAGCCUAAGCCAAAUGGGGUGGAAGAAUCGGCAAGGUGUGCGAAGAGGGCCCUGCGAAACGAUAAAAAGGAAGGUACCAGUGAUAGAACAGAAGGGGGAAGUCAGGGUAGUGUUCGGUGUAGUUCACAUAUGGGGAAGUACUGUUGCAAUGGAAGAAGUAGACGUGAUGCAAGCAGUAAUCUUAAUAAAAGCAGUAGCUGUUGUAAAAGCAGCAGUCUUGAUGCAGACCCAAAUAAGGCAUAUUGUGGGUGUACCAACUAUAAGGAUCCCAAACAGGAGAAUAGUGCAGUGAACGACAAAGAAGUAAACCUUAAGGAGUUCAGAAAUAGCUUAUCCAAUUUUGUUAUGUUAAAUAGUUCAAUAUGUAGAGAGGAUGGAAAAGUCGACAAGUGGCAUGCCCUCUCGAAUACGCUAAGAAAAAAAACAUCAAGAGAGAGGCAAGUAGGGGAAGCAGACGAAGCAGACGAAGCAGAUGAAGCAGACGAGGCAGACGAGGCGGACGAAGCAGACGAAGCAGACGAAGCAGACGAAGCAGACGAAGCAGACGAAGCAGACGAAGCAGACGAAGCAGACGAAGCAGACGAGGCGGACGAGGCAGACGAGGCAGAUGAAACAGACGAGGCAGGUGAAGCAGAUGAAACAGAUGAAGCAGACCAAGCGGAUGAAGUGAACGAAGAAGAAAGAAAAAAAAAACCCAAUGUUUUGUUAUCUAAAAUUAGAAGCACGAACACUAACCUAUUUAACAAAGAAUUAUGCAGUAAUAAAUAUUUGUACGAUUUAAAUUUAUAUAAUUUAAAAAAGUGUAAUAUGUUUAGUCUUAGCAAUAAUAUAUUGACUGAAGGAAAAAAAAAAAAAAAAAAAAUAUACAGUAUUAAUAGUCUAUAUGAUAGUAAUACUAGUAUCAUAAAAGAUAUGAACAACAAUAAUAUGAACAAGAACACAUUUUUAAAAAAUUACAAUAGCGAAAAGGAAAUACCGUCUUUUCCUGUGUUAACAAAUAUUACAUCAUAUAAUACAAAUGAAAAAAAAAUAAUGGGAGGUACAAAUACUAGAGUGCUAUUACAACACCCUGAGAAUUAUUAUUUAAAAGAAGAAAAUACGGAAAAAGAAGACACUAUUGAUUACUUUCUUUCAAAUAUAAAAAAUGAAAAAAUCAGUUCAAACAGAUAUUAUGAUGAUAUAGUGAACAAAAUAAAAAAUAAAACUUACCUACACAAAUGGCUCACAAAACAAAAGCCUGCUUCUGAUUGUAAACCACAUAGAAGAAAAGAAGAAGACUUAGGUGAACUAUCAAAUGAUAAUAAGGUAUUUCCCAAUAAUUUUCUUAUCGAAAGAAAUAAAAAAAGAGUUUUUAAGAACGAUAUGUUCAACAAUUUUAAUGAACAAACAAAUAUAAAAUCAUAUCUGUUAAGUAAGUAUAAGAAUAAAAGCAAUAUAUAUGGUCUCUUUAUCAUUAACGAGAGGUUAAAAAGUAUUUAUAAAAAUAUAGAAAAUAAGAAAAAGUCAAUCAGCAAUUUCCCCAUGGCAAAUUUCAAUGACGAAAGUGAAGAUUAUGUAAGGACCAGAAUGAGUGGUUCCUUCAAUGUUGUUCAGGCCGCUCAUAGUACCAACGAUAAUAGUGGUGUAUUUUUCUUAGGCUCAUCAAGUAAGAAGAACAGUAAGAAAGACAUAUUUCUUAAUCUUAUCAAAGGAAAAGAACCCCAACGGAUUAGCUUAAAAGCAGUGGAGGGAAAAAGAAGCAGUUUCGAUUGUGCUGUUAAAGAAGGAGAAGGAAACAUUAAUGGUACCCUCAUUUUGCAUGACAGCAUUAAUAGGAAAGGUGAAAUAAAUAAUAAAACUCAUGAUUAUCAUGAGAAUGUUGUAGAUAUUGAAAAGAGAAUUGUAUGCACCAACAUGGACUUAAAAAAUUCAAAUGAUCAAAAAAAUAGAAACACAACGAUGUGCAAUUCUGCAACAGCUUUUAAUAAUUCAAAUAAUAAUGACUUAAAGAAGAAUUGUCAAACAGAUGAGGAGAUGGAGAACGUGCUAAAGGAAUUGAAGUUGGGGUUGAAGGUGGAUCCAUUUUCAAAAAAGCAAAAAGAUACGAAUGAAUCCGUUGGUCCACAGUCCAUUUUGCGCAAAAAUGGUACGAAAUAUAUUAGCAAUGAUAUUAGUGGUGGAGUUAGCGGUCGGGGGGGUGAGUCAGAAGUGGAGUGCGACAAGGAGAGCAUUAAUGAACAUUACAAAUCCGGUGAUAAUGAAAAGGAAAAUGACUUGAGUGAUGGCAAUCUACUAUCACAUAAACCACAAAAAGUAAUCCGUUCUCACUUUGCACACAAAAAUAUAGGUAUGCUUGACAUUGCAAGGAGCGAAAUAUUACAUGGGGAAAGUAGUGCACCAGAUGAAAAAAGGGGGAGAUGUUAUAUGUAUUAUUUAGAUAAGAUAAAAAUUCUAAAAAAUAAUAUCAUAGGAGAAGAAGAAAAUUUACAGUCAUACAGAAAUCUAAGAGAUAAUGAAAUGUUUAAAUUAAACGAAAAGGAAGAUAUAGGUGCAGCUUUCCACUUUAGAAAAAAUACAAAUAAUAAUUGUGAACCACUGGACAUAGGAACAGAUGGAGAAGGGGAAGAAGGCAGUAACAAAUUAACCAUACAGAAUGCAUUAAAUUCAAAUUUUCAUAAUUUCCUUUUAUCGUAUAAAUGUAAAAAAAAGGAAUCAAAUAGUUUAUCUACAGAACAAAAUGAAAUUUUCAAUUUUUUGAAAAAGAGUUCAGUUCCAUCAGAUCAACAGAAAUGUGCAAAUAAUGAUAUGAACAGUAGAAAAGAAAAUUCUUACUUUGAAAAUUAUUACAAUAAAUUAAAACGCUUAAGAGAUAAAUAUGUAGGAGUAAAAACGGGUACAUCAACAGGUAUGCAACAUUUUUUUAAAUAUAAAGAUGGUGCUGCUGCUGAUGAUAACGAUUAUGACUAUGGUGAUAAUGAUGAUGAUAAUGUUGAUGUUGAUGAUAAUUUAAUUUGCAAUUUUCAAAUAAAUGAAGAAAAAAUGUUAACACCUAUUCGUAACGCUACCCUUACCAAUAAUAUACACAAAUCCAUAUGCAGUAAUUCAAAGGAAAGUGAGAAAUUUCUUUUUAAUAGUAAUUCUCUAAGAAAUAAUAUUACAAGUAACGAAACAGGGGAUAAAUACAGUAAUAACAACAUACUUGGAAAUCAAAAAGAUCAUUCACAUUUUAUUAAUAUCCUUAAAAAUGAUAAUGAUAAUCAUAAUGGUAAACUAAUGUAUGCUCAAAGGGAAGAAGAAAAAAUGAACAAUUCAAUUCAUUCGAAUAAUAUAAGUAGUAACACAACAUACACAAGUGACGAGAAAUGGAAUAAUCCACUCCAAAAUACAAACAUUUUUUCUACUUGCACGAGUAGCAGUAUAAAUCCUGGUGUUUCCUAUACAAGAUCGUAA